AUGGACGGUUUAUCCUUCAAAAGUCCCUCCCCUGAGCCAAAGCUUCAGAUGCUACCCAGCCCUGUCUCGAGCGAGAUCCUAGAAACGUCCAAGCCACAAAGCCAUCCGUCAAAAGAUUCUGAUGCAAGCCACACCCCUGUGAUCUUCGAUUGCGUACGGCAGACUUCUAUGGGAGGUGCCAAUGGCAUGAUGCAGAUAGAUCACCACCUGUCAGCAGCUGAAGGACAGCAGAUCUGGGAAAAUGCAGCGACGGUAGGCCUCGAGGAGGCUUGCGAAUCCACCAUGUUUGCAGGCGAAAGGCCAGGAGGUGGAGGAACAUCAGAAGAUAUACAGCUCCAGAAGGACUUGAAUAUACCGAACCUUGCCAACCAUAAUAAUCCCUCCCAGGGGGAAGAACCAACUUCACAUUCCACCCAAUCAGCAGAACCUGAGAUGUCGGAAGAACAAGCUGAGUGGCCGGUUACCGAAGCUCCAGCCGAGGAGAAUACAGCAGUUCGUCUAUCAUCUCGACCAUCAAUCUCCCCGUCGGCAACCUGCUAUUUUUCGUAUACAAAUGACGUAGCAUGUGAAGCGUCCCUCCAAUGUUCUAAUAAGGAUUCAGAAGAGUCAGACGCCCAUCAUUCAGCUCAACAGUUCCAUUCCUACAGCACUGAGGGACAGGUCAACAAAAGAUCACUCAGCGACAUAACUGUUGAAGCAGGCAUCGUAUCAACGAACCAAAAUGUUCCAACACCAGCAGUGCCUGAUUCGCAGCUUAUCACAGAACAAGGGCAAUCCCCCAGUAGGCUCCAGCAGAGCAAUAGACGAGCUUUUAUAGUCGGCGAUAGUGGUUCGACUGCAACGAAUCAGAAUCGGCUUUUAACCAAUACUUCUCCCACCGCGACCAAUCAACCUUUACAGCAGAGGAAAAGGAAACGCCAGCUUAGCAACGGGAGUCUCGUCAAAGCCACACAGUUCGAGGAACAGCAGAAGCAGCCCGCGGUACCGUCAUCUACUACUCUGGGUUCUUUGGCCGCGUUCAUGGAGACAAGGGGUCGAAACGAGAAACGGCAUACGGUGACACAAAGCCCAUACUUCCCAGGCAAAAAGUCAAUUGAUGACGUUUCCAAGCAACAAAGUGAUGCAGUAAGCACCGAGAAGCCCGCAAGCUGCCUAAAAGAGUCGGACAAAAGCGACAACGGCCCAGACAUAAUCCAGACAACCACACAACUACCUCGCUUUGAGCAGCGGACGGGAGAACGCCCUAUUCUGUUCUUAUCAACCGCCCUUCUGAAGAGUCAUCUUCGGCUCGUACGAUGUCUUGAAGGAAUGGCAUGCCAGCCAGCAAUCGUAUAUAGAGACUAUAAUCACAAUAAUCCGGGCAGUGAGCCUCAGGGCAAGCAUACGACCUUUCGCAUGAACAGCAAUCCCACUCUUCAAAUCGAAGCAGAUAUCAUAAUCUCGCCGAGUACUGGGAUAAUAUUGACAACAUCACAGGCGACAACGCAACUAUAUCUGCCCGGCCAUAAGUUCGCUCGUCCUGAGAUGAGCAUUGAAUGCAUCAACUCGCCACUCCGAGAACGCAUCUUCCUUCUCGCUCCUCGAUAUGAACGAGUCUACCUGUUCAUAUGCCAUAGUGCACCAUCUUCCAAGAAGUCGCAAGUCAAACAAUCAGGCCCGACAGCAGACAAGCGAGUGUUGGCAUCCAUCACCUCCAUGACUGCUUUUUGCAACUCCAUGUCCACCUAUGCAACAAUCAGCCCAUUGCUAGUCCCUUCAUGCCCAGAAACCGUGGCCGGAUGGGUCCUUUCGCUUGCGAAUAAGCACAUUGCUCGACUUCCCGGGAACCCCACGCGGAUUCCGCCCAGCGCGAGCUUCACGCCGAUCAACUCGAGUCAGAAAAACCGUUUGAACCCGGAAAUGAUGAUGAGAACAACCGUCUGGGAGCUCUUCCUCCGCCAGGCUGGAUUAAACCCGUACGCUGCGCAAGCGAUCUUAGCAUUCCUCAGACGAGAAGACGAAGAAGAGCUGACUUAUAUGCGCUGCACAUCUCGUACGGCUGACAUCUCUGACUCUUUGGAGGACGGAGGUGGACGAGGUCUCGCUAGGUUUAUCGAGAUGGCGCCAGAUCGAAGAAGGGAGGUCUUUGGUGAGCUCAUAGGUGACAGGAUGAUGGGGCGAAUCAACCAUAUUCUCGACAAAGACUGGCAGUGUGACUGGGCCCUUAACUUUGACGCUGAUGCGGAACUAUGA